CUUUGGGCAGAAAGCAGCAAAUUGGAGUCUACUCCUGCUCUAGGAUAACUAGGAUAAACUUCCUAUGGCUUGAAACAGUGUUGUGAACACUCAGAAAGCUGAGAGGUAAAGGUAUUAUUUUUGGCUGGAAGUCUUUAUGGCUGAUGCAGGAACUCUCUUGUUAGUUAUUCAUUGCCUUGGCAAGUCUCAUAAAACAGCCAGUGGAGCCCAGCAAGUGCUUUUCCUCAGUGUUCUGGGAGCUCAGAAAUCCAGGAAUAGAACGAGGCCUUGAACCCAUUUUAUGGGUUUGCUUCUUACUGAACUACCAUAAAAUAUUGAAAUUCAGACCCUAUAAAUAAGGAGGGGAAGGAGCUGUGCAUUUCUCAGCAGAAUCAGCCUCUCCAGAGACUCAUCCCAAGACAGCAGCUGAGAUGGCACAGAGACACGGCCUCACCAUUCCCUACGGAGCGCCCGUCCUUGCCAUUUCCUUCCUGGCAUGUGUAGCCACAGGUUUGGAGCUGUCCAUAAAUAACCACGCUGCCGACUUCCCCCUGUCUACAACGCCUGGCAGUUCAGUCUCCCUCUCCUGCCUCGUCCACAACAGCAGCCAGGCUGAGAACCUGCUCUGGUACCGGGGAGAUGGGCAAGUGAGUCUGAAAGAUGGGAAUAAAGUGAACAUCAGCCACAUCUGCAUACACCCAGUCAACGAGUCUGACAACGGAGUCACCUUCACGUGCAGGCUGGCGCGGGACAAGUCCGUGCAGGUGUCUGUGAUCCUGGAUGUCGAGUUUCCUCCCCAGCUGAGCGGAGAAGAGACCCUCCAAAUUGAGGAAGAGAAAGAUGUUACUCUGACCUGCAACUCCAAAUCCAACCCUCAAGCCCAAACAACUUGGUAUAAGGACAACAACAACUUGGCCCUACAGCAGGGUCGUCACGUGGUCCGCCAGACGAGUGAGGUCUUUCAGCUCUCUAUCACAAAAGUACAGAAGUCUGACAGUGGGACCUACACCUGUGUGGUGGAAUCUUCCUUGGGAAAGGGGACAAGGGAUUUCCACCUGAUAAUUGAAGACAAAAAAGCUGUUUUUCCCAAAGAGGCUGUUAUUACUGGAGUCGUGGUGGUUGCACUCGUGGUAUUUUUUGGAAUUGUGGCUCGAAGAGAUAAAUUAUGUAAGUGCUUCAAGAAAUCAAGCGAAACAGCUCUGUGAAGAACACAAAGUUCCUGUGCACACCCAGAAAACAUCAUUUCUAGGGGUGGAACUAAGGCCUUGCGUGAGAUGAUGAGAUAAAGCACUGAAACAAGUUUUUCAGGG